UUUCUUGAUUUUCACUAUUUGAUGCUAAACAUGGGCUACAUGCAAUUCUCAUUUCUGCUCAUUUUCUGGUUGUAUCUGUUUUCUUUUUCUUCAUCCAUACCUCAUCUGUGCCGGAAAGACGAAAGGAUUUCCCUUAUAAAACUCAAGAAAUCGUUUACUCUGAAUUCCUCGGCCUCCGCUAAUUAUUGCAUUAACGCUUAUCCAAAAAUGAGUUCAUGGAAAAUGAGCAGAGAUUGCUGCUCGUGGGAUGGAGUGAUAUGCGAUGAGAUGACUGGCCAUGUUAUUGAACUUCACCUCAGCUGCAGCAAUCUUGUUGGGACCAUUGAUUCCAAUAGCAGUCUAUUCCAAUUCUGUCAUCUCCAAAGUCUUGAUCUUUCUGGGAAUAACUUCUGUCGUUGUCCUAUCUCACCUGAAUUUGGCAGGUUUUCAAACUUGACUUAUCUUGAUCUUUCCUGGUCAGAUUUCUCAGGUCAAAUUCCUUCUGAAAUCUCUUAUCUUUCCAAGUUACAAUCUCUUAGUAUCGCCACACAUUCUGACGGUACGAAGCUAAGACUUGGACCUCACAACUUUAAAUUGCUCCUUCAGAAUUUGACCUAUUUAAGAGAGCUUGAUCUUAGUUUCGUGAACAUCCCUUCCUCUAUUCCUCUGAAUUUCUCUUCCCAUUUAACAAUUCUGAGCCUGGCAUAUACAGGAUUGCAUGGGAUAAUACCUGAGAGUAUUUUUAACCUGCCCGUCCUGGAAAUACUUUAUUUAGGAGGCAAUCAGUUGCAAGGCCAUGUUCCCAAGUCAAUUCGGAACCUUGUGAACCUAACAUGGCUUGAUCUUUCUUUCAAUAAUUUUAGUGGUCAUGUCGAUGUCAGCCUCUUUUCUGACCUCGAACGUCUUUAUUAUCUUAGUCUUUCAUAUAAUUGUAUCUCAUUGACUAAUGAAAAGGAAGUUAAAUCUAUUUUGCCCGAAUCUCUUACUAACCUACUAUUGGCGGCAUGUGAAGUGAAAGAAUUGGAGUUUCUAAGAUCCGCAAAGCAGCUUCAGGAGUUGGACCUUUCAAAUAAUAAGAUUCAAGGAAGAAUUCCUGAUUGGGCGUGGUCUAAUUGGAACUUUCGAUUGUCAACUCUUAAUCUAUCACACAAUAUGUUGACAAGCGUGGACACAAUUCCUCUUCAAUCUGGAUAUAUUAUUGAUUUACGAUCUAAUUUUCUUCAAGGGUCACUACCUAUUCCACCAGAUACCACAAAAUACUUCUUCAUAUCCCACAAUAAUCUUAGCAAGGAAAUUCCUCCAUCUAUUUGCAAUUUGACAUCACUAGUAAUGUUAGAUUUGGGCAGAAACAAGUUGAAGGGAGCAAUUCCGCAAUGUUUGGGUAAUAUCAAUUGCCUCCAGGUUCUGGAUAUGCAACACAACAGUCUCACCGGGACUCUUCCAAUGACUUUUAGAACUGGAAGUUCACUGAGAAGCCUCAACUUGCAUGGCAAUAAACUAGAGGGGAAAAUUCCCCUAUCUUUGGCCAAUUGCACGGGGUUGGAGGUUCUUGAUUUAGGAGACAAUCAUCUUAUCGACACAUUCCCCGUGUGGUUGGGAACUCUUCCAAAGUUGCAAGUUUUAAGCUUGAGAUCCAAUGAAUUCCAUGGGUCCAUUCAACCUUCAAUGAUUGAAACUAUUUUUCCCGAGCUUCGAAUCAUAGAUCUCUCUUACAAUGCCUUCUCGGGAAACUUACCUACGAGUCUAUUUCAACAUUUGAAAGCCAUGAAGACAAUUGAUCCAUCAAAGAAGGCACCAAGUGAUGAAGAAGCUGGAUAUUACCAAGACUCGGUAGUUGUAGUAACAAAGAGAUUGGAGCUUGAAGUUGAGAGAAUCUUGUUUUUGUACACCACUAUCGAUCUAUCAAAUAACAGAUUCGAAGCACAUAUUCCUAGUGUUCUAGGAGAUCUCAUAGCGCUUCGGGUUCUGAAUUUGUCUCAUAACGGAUUGCAAGGUCAUAUACCAUCAUCACUUGGAAAUUUAUCUGUAGUCGAAUCAUUGGACUUUUCAUUUAACCUGCUUUCUGGAGAGAUACCAGAACAACUUGCUUCUCUUACAUCUCUUGAAUUCCUAAAUCUAUCCCACAAUCAUCUCCGAGGAUGCAUCCCUCAAGGACGUCAAUUUGCUACAUUUGAGAACAAUUCAUAUAAAGGUAAUGAUGGAUUGCGUGGAUUCCCUGUUUCAAAAGGUUGUGAAAUUAGCGGAAUGCCAGAGACAGACAACACAACACAUGUGCUUGAUGAAGAAAGCAGUUCAACAUUUCUAGGUGACUUUAUACAGGGCAUUCUCAUGGGAUAUGGGACUGGACUUAUUAUUGGAUUCUCCAUAGCAUAUUUCAUCCUUACGAGUAGAAAUCCCAAUUGGCUUUCUAGGAUCUACGAAGAACUAGAACGCAGAGUCUAUAUGAGAAGGCAAAAGAAGCAGCGAGGCCAUCAAAUGCACUACAGAAGAAGAAACAAUUGAAUUGGAGAUGCAAUAUAACUGCUUGUUUUGGUGAAGCAGAUUUGAUAAUAAAGUAAUAUAGAAAAUUUUAAUGUAUUCCAAUGAAUGUUGUAGACUUGUACUCCUUUUUUUAAUUGUUAUUUUGGUUUUCUAUACGUUUGAAUGAGAACGAUAAGGUAUAUUCCAUUA